GCGUCCAAAAAUACUAUUCAUUGUACCUUUCCGCGAAACGGCAUUUGGCAUUGUAAAUACUUUAACUACACUUUUACUUGGCGAAACUGGAGAUAAAAGCAAGUCAGUUAUAAACUACGAAAGGUUUGUUCAGGAAUAUACGGGUAACACUAUAAGCUUUCCCAAAACGAAUCCUAAACCUGAAGAUUAUGUUAAAACCUUUAGUGGCAAUACAGAUGACAAUUUUCGGAUUGGGAUAACUAUUACGAAAAAGUGUUUAAAGCUUUACACCGAAUUCUAUGCAUCAGACAUUUUGAUUGCAUCUCCGCUAGGUCUUCGCAUGAUUGUAGGUGCUGCAGGCACUCCUGAACGGGAUUAUGAUUUUCUUAACUCAAUUGAAAUGUUGAUAAUUGAUCAAGCGGAAUUAAUACUCGCACAAAAUUGGGAAAAUUUACUGCAUGUAAUGGAACAUAUGCAUUUACCUUUAAAAUCUUUGCAUAAUACUGAUUUUCAACGAGUACGGCCUUGGUGUUUAAAUGGAUAUUCAAAUUUUUACCGACAAACAGUGCUACUAACUUCACACGAUCUUCCAGAAUUUCGUAGCAUUUUCAAUCAUAAAUGUACAAACUACCAGGGCAAAAUACGCGUAACAAAUCCAGUCAUUUCUGGCAGUAUAAGUAAUGUUAUAAUUAAUAUUCCACAAAUAUUUCAUCGUGUAGAUGUCAACAGUUUGGAAAGUUCAUUUGAUAAACGAUUUGAUUAUUUUAUAAAUGAAAUAUUGCCACGCUAUCGGAAUCCGUCUCAUGCACAUUGUAUGAUAUAUGUGCCAAGCUACUUCGAUUAUGUACGUUUGCGCAAUUAUUUUAAGUCGGAAACGGUAUCAUUUGUACAAAUUUGUGAGUACACCAAGGACGCAAAAAUAGCACGUUCCCGUGAUAUGUUCUACCAUAGUGGUGCACACUUCCUACUCUAUUCGGAAAGAUCGCAUUUCUUUCGACGCACUCGUAUCAAAGGCAUACGUCAUCUUAUCAUGUAUCAACCGCCAAUAUGGCCAAAUUUCUACUCCGAAGUAAUUAAUUUGAUGCAUAGAAGCAAUCAAAACUCUCGUGACGGAUUGGAAGGAUCCAUGAGUAUAACUGUGUUAUACACAAAAUACGAUACCCUACAGCUAAAUAAUAUACUCGGCACCGAAAAUGCAACAAAACUGAUGAAAAGCAAUGAAACAUCAUACGCUUUUUCUGCUGAAUGAAUUUACUGUUGUUUUUAUUUACUUCUGUACUUGUUUUUGUAUUUGUUAAUAAAAUUUUUACAUAUGAUUUUCUAUUGUGAAUAACGGUCUUUGUGUUUUCUUCGAACAGCUGAUUGACAUUAAAUGAAUAUUUUUGUGUGCGCAUUUAUUUUUAUACAGUUGAUAAAAAAGCAUAAUUUAGUUUAAUAUGUCUUAUUGGCAAAAUGUUCCGGCACAACAUGAUAAUCAGGCAAUACAGCAACAAGAACAGUUGAUUGAAAACACAUACGAUGUUUUGGAAAGAACAAGCGCCAGCCUUCAGCGUUCCAAUCAAUUUGCUAUAGAGUCAGAGGAAUUGGGCACUGAG